AUGGGUGGAGAGAAAGAGUUGCGGAUAGUGAUGUUCCCAUGGCUUGCCUUUGGACAUUUUAUCCCAUACCUUCACCUUUCAAACAAACUUGCUGAAAAAGGCCACAAAAUCACCUUGUUGCUUCCCAACAAAGCUAGGCUUCAGUUGGAGUCACUUAACCUUCAUCCUUCUCUCAUAACUUUCCAUUCAAUUACUGUCCCACCCCUCGAAACUCUCCCUUAUGGCACUGAAACAACUGCGGAUAUCUCCCUCGACCAACAUGGUGAACUCUCGAUUUCCAUGGACCGCACUCGGCCCGAGGUGGAGUCUUUCCUAUCAACCCAUAAGCCCGACCUCGUCCUCUACGACAUGGCCCAUUGGGUACCCGAGAUUGCUGCUAAGGUCGGGAUUAAGUCAGUUUCAUACAACGUUGUAUGUGCUAUUGCUGUAUCUCAUGUUAGACCUAGCCUCCCUCUUCCAAAAGGAACGGCAGCACAUGUACCCCUGCCAUUGUCGUCUGUCCCUAAGUGGAGUCUUAAUCAGCACGGUUCAUCAACACCAUAUUUUGGGGAAGGGAUAACGUUACUUGAACGGUCUGUAAUCUCCCUCUCGUCUGCGGAUGCAAUAGCCAUCCGCACGUGCAGGGAGAUUGAAGGGGUAUAUUGUGACCGUGUUGCUGCCACAUUCAACAAGCCUGUCCUUGUCACCAGCCACGCCUUGCCUGAUCUUGAACUCGAACUCUCUCCGUUGGAGACUCGCUGGGCCGAGUGGCUAGCUAGGUUCGAGCCAGGGUCAGUGAUCUUUUGCUGCCUUGGUAGUCAGCAUGUCUUAGACGCACCCCAACUGCAAGAGUUGGCCCUGGGGUUGGAAAUGACAGGACUACCCUUCUUGAUGGCUGUAAAACCCCCUGUGGGGUGUACCUCCUUGGAGGAGGUGCUUCCAGAAGGGUUUAAUGAUCGGGUUAGCGGGCGAGGGGUGGUUCACGGUGGGUGGGUGCAGCAGCAGCAGAUAAUGGCGCACCCAUCGUUAGGGUGCUUUGUGACCCUUUGUGGGUCUUCGUCGAUGUGGGAGGGGUUAGUGAGUGAAAGUCAGUUGGUAUUACUCCCACAACUGGCAGACCAAACUCUGUAUGCCAAGUUAAUGGCAGAUGAGCUCAAGGUGGGUGUGAAGGUGGAGAGAGAAGAGAACGGGUGGAUGACGAAGCGAAGUCUAUGUGAAGCUAUCAAGAGUGUGAUGGAUGAAGAUAGUGAUAUAAGUCAUGUAGUUAGGAAAAAUCAUGCUAAAUAUAGAAGUAUGUUGAUUAGCCCUGGCUUUAUUAGUGGCUACAUUGACAACUUCAUCAAGGAUUUACAAGCCCUUGUUCCUUAG